UUACCUAAUUCCUAUUUUUUUCAAAAACAACCAAAACGAACAAAACCGCAACAAAUCUGAACCUAGGGUUUCAUUGGACCAAAAUUCUCACAAAUUCUCUGCAAAUUCAACCAACUCGUUGAACAAUUCUCUGCAAAAUGAGGACUAAUUGUUGCCAUACAUUCAUCGCAUUCAUCCUCAAAUUCCUAAUUUUCUCCCAAACAUUCAUCGGCAUCUCAAUCAUCGUUUACUCUGCAUAUAUGCUGAAUCAGUGGGAAAAACACUUGCCGGUUCCUCCGUCGCCACCGCCACCGUCCCCGCCACCCUCGGAUUUGGCUCCGGCUCCGUCGCCGGAUUCGUUUAGUUCCGGUUUCUCCGUUUUUGACGUCGUUAGGGUUUCGGAUGAAGUGAUGAGAUUGAAUUUUGAUGCCGGUACGGUUACCGGUAUCUAUGGCGGAUUACUGCUUGAAUCUGAUUCUGUUCCUGCUCCUUGGUUUAUAUAUGCAUUUAUGGGAUUAGGCGUCGUUCUGUGUUGCAUCUCUUGCAUUGGUCAUAUUGCAGCUGAAGCUAUCCAUGGAUGUUGCCUUUGUUUCUACACCAUACUGAAAAUAGUUUUGAUUCUGCUUGAGGUGGCUUUGGUCGGGUUCAUUGUACUUGAUCAUCGUUGGGAAAAGGAUCUACCAGAGGACCCAACUGGAAGCAUUGAUAGUAUUCGGGAAUUCAUUGAAGACAAUGUUGAGAUUUGUAAAUGGGUCGGCAUUACUAUAAUUGUAAUUCAGGUUCUAUCUCUCCUUCUUGCUGUAGUGUUGAGAAUGAUGAUACCUUCACCAAAGAAGGAUGACGAUGAUAUCGAGGAAGGUACUGGAAGAGGGAGAGCAUGGGAACCCCUGCUAAAUUCAACUCAAGCAUCAGGGUCAACUAGCGGCGAUGGAAAAUUUUUUCAUUCUGAUAUCUGGAGCACACGGAUGAGAGAAAAGUAUGGAUUGGGUGGCAGUCAAUCAAAUCAAAGUGCAUAAGCAGGGAGUCGGAAUUUGAUCGCGAGUUCUGCUAAAGGCACCGUGUUUAUUUUUGUAUCAUGUUUGUGCGAUUCUUAGUAUAGAUUGAAAUGCGAGCCGUGUGUAUUUCAGGCGUCACCUGCAGCUUGAGUUUGACAUCUUCACACUUGUACCAUAAGCAUUCGUAGAUGUACAUUGCGUGGUGAUGAACCUUGGAUGUAUAUGCAUUGUGUUGUAUGCUUGUUACCAGUUCACAUUAACAUAGUGUAGAACCUUUGUGUGUGUGCUUUGUGCUAUUGUAUUGCUUACAUUUUUGAAGCGAUUGAUUGAAUUUUAUAAAAGAAACUUCAUUGUAGUG